CAGGCGGGCGCCUUUCGCGAACGCCUCGGAGCCCCUGGGCCGUUGCUAAGAGCCGGAGGGGGCGGCGGCCGGCGGCGGCGGAAGGGGCGGGGCUGUUUCCGCAGCGCAGUUGGACGGACACGUGCUUUUGUGGGUGCAGGCGCCGGCGGCUCAGCUUGGGGGAUGUCGCGUGCGGGCAGCGCAGUGCGGGCGGCCCCCGGCAGUGGUUGUGGCGGCAGCGCGCUCUUCUCGGGCUUCCGCGCUCUCGGUCUUUACUCCAACCACCUGCCCCACGUGCUGCGCUACCACCAGCGCCACCGAGAGUUCUACCUGGUCACCGCCGUGGGGAGGAGCUUCCACACCUACAACGUAAAGAAACUUGGUAUAGUUGCUGUUAGUAAUGCUUUAUUACAAGACAUUACUUGUUUGGCAGCAGACAGAAUGUUGGUCUUUGCAUCAUAUGGCAAUCUUCUCCACGCUUUUGCCCGGAACAAAGAGGUGGUUCAUAUAUAUGAUGGUCACAAAGGAGAAAUUCGCCUUUUGCUGCCAUUUGGUGAUCAUGUCAUCUCUGUGGAUAUUGAUAAUGUUCUUAUUGUUUGGGAUGUACAGUCAGAAGAAGAAUACCUACAACUGAAUUUUGAUAAGGCUGUUUUUGCAGUUUCUGCUAUUAUGCAUCCAAGUACCUACUUAAAUAAAAUUCUUCUUGGCAGUGAACAAGGAAGCCUGCAGUUAUGGAAUAUAAAAUCCAACAAACUUUUAUACUCAUUUCCAGGAUGGGGCUUAGGGGGUGUGACAAUCCUCGAACAGGCACCAGCAGUAGAUGUAGUUGCAAUAGGUCUUGUGUCUGGUCAUAUCAUUGUGCACAACAUUAAGUUUGAUGAAACACUGAUGAAAUUUCAGCAAGACUGGGGUCCCAUCACAGCAAUAUCUUUCCGUACAGAUGGUCAUCCAGUCAUGGCAGCUGGAAGUCCUAUUGGACACAUUGCACUGUGGGAUCUGGAAGAGAAGAAACUAAUUAGUCAAAUGCGAAAUGCUCAUUCCACAGCAAUAGCUGGUUUGUCAUUUGUCCAAGGAGAGUCACUUCUUGUUACUAAUGGUGCUGAUAAUGCUAUAAAGAUAUGGAUCUUUGAUGGCCCUGGAGGUAAUGGCCGUUUGUUGAGGUGCCGUAUGGGACAUAGUGCUCCUCCAACAAAAAUCAGAUACCAUGGGCAAAAUGGACAGCAAAUUCUUAGUGCAGGUCAGGAUGGAACCUUGCAAUCUUUUUCCACAGUGCAUGAAAGGUUCAAUAAAAGUUUAGGACGCGGUUCUAUAAACAAAAAGAAAUCAAAAAAGAAAGGUCUUCAGUAUGAUACAAUGGCCCUUCCACCUAUUACUGCAUUUGCAACAGAGAUAGCACGUCAGAAUGACUGGGAUGGGAUCAUUGCUUGCCAUCAAGGUUAUAUAACUUGUACAACCUGGAACUAUCAGAAAACUUCAAUGGGAGCCCAUAAACUGAAACCAAAAGCAUUCAGCAAAAACAAGCCUCUUGAUGUAUAUGCAACAGUAGUUGACAUUAGUACAUGUGGAAACUUCGCUGUAAUUGGGCUUUCAACAGGACAUGUGGAUUUAUACAACAUGCAGUCUGGCAUUCACCGAGGACAUUAUGGAAAAGAAAAAGCACAUGAAGGUGCCAUUAGAGGGGUAGCAGUGGAUGGAUUAAACCAGUUGACUAUCACAGCUGGAAGUGAAGGAUUAAUUAAAUUCUGGAAGUUCAAGACCAUGGACCUAGUUUACUCUGCAAAUCUCUCUUCUUCUCCAAGUGCAAUGCUGCUUCACAGAGACAGUGGUAUUCUGGGAAUUGCCUCAGAUGACUUUGGGAUUAGCGUUUUGGAUACAGAAACAAGAAGGAUCGUCAGGAAGUUCUCAGGACACCACAGCCAGAUUAAUGACAUGACUUUCAGUCCCGAUGGCCGUUGGCUAAUAACUGCAUCAAUGGAUUGCACCAUUAAGACUUGGGACCUCCCAUCUGGAUGCCUCAUAGAUUGUUUUUUGUUAGACUCAGCAGCUAUCAGCAUUUCUAUGUCUCCUACUGGAGACUUUCUAGCUUCAUCACAUGUAGAUGAUCUUGGAAUUUAUCUAUGGUCUAACUGUUCCUUGUAUUCGCUUGUCUCUUUACGGCCACUUCCAGCAGAUUAUGAGCCUUCUGUAAUAAUGCUUCCUGGAACUUGCCCUACCCAAGAUGUGGACAUCACAGGAGAUGAAGAAACAAGUGGUGAAAUGAUUGACUAUAGUUCACCAGAGCAAUUGGAAGGGCAGCUAGUGACCUUGUCAUCACUAUCUGAAUCAAGAUGGAAAAACCUCCUCAAUCUUGAUGUUAUCAAGAAAAGGAAUAAACCAAGAGAGCCACCGAAAGUUCCCAAAUCAGCUCCAUUCUUCAUCCCAACAGUUCCUGGCCUCAUACCACGAUAUGCCGCUGCUAAGGAAGAAAAUGAUGAACAGCAGUCAAAGGUAGUAAACCUUGGAGUAUUGGCACAAAAAUCUGAUUUCUACCUUCAACUUGAAGAAGCCUUGAGCAGUAAUGAGUAUAAAUCUCCGCUUAAUAUUCUAAAGGAAAUGGGACCAUCUAGUAUUGAGAUAGAGCUAAGAGGCUUGGCUCCAGAUGCUGGUGGCUCUGUAGAGGUGAUGAAAAGCUUUUUGAGACUGAUUGGGACAAUGUUGAACACAAAGCGUGACUUUGAGCUGGCCCAGGCAUAUCUUGCAUUGUUUUUAAAGUUGCACCUUAAAAUCCUUUCUUCAGAGCCAGUCUUGCUGGAAGAAAUAGCCAACGUGUCAACCCAACUAGAGGAAACCUGGAUCCAUUUACAGACUCUCUUCAAUCAAAGUCUGUGUGUGUUAAAUUAUAUGAAAAGUGCUUUGUUAUAAUGUGCCUUUGUUCCUAUUUAAGAAUGCUAUUGUUGGAUAAAAAUCCUCUCACAUUGAUGGUACUUUUAACAUUGCAGAUAAGUUUCUGAUUCCAACAAUACACCUUUGUAUGUCUUGGUUAAAUAAUACAGAAUUAAAUAUUUAACUUUU